AUGGCGGAAAAUACGAGAAUAGCGAUUGUUGGUGCAGGCAUGGGCGGCCUCGCCGCAGCUCUCUCUCUCGCAAAAGCCGGACACAAGAACAUCACAAUAUAUGAGAACGCACCAGGAAUGGGGUUCGUCGGUGCCGGCAUUCAGCUCGCACCCAACAUGGCUCGCAUCCUCGACAGGCUAGACUGCUGGGGCCCAAUUCGCGACGAAGCCGUCCAAUGCGCAAACACAUCCAUAAGAGAAGGCUCCACAGAUAAAGAGCUGGGAUACGUAGAUCUUGCGUAUGUGCAGCAAAAAUACGGAUAUCCACACAUGGUAGGCCACCGCGCCAGUCUCGCAAAUGGUCUAUACGAGGGCUGCAAGAAGGAGAGCGGCAUUACCUUCAAACUGGGUAGCAACAUCUCGGAUGUACAGUUCGGUGCGAGGCCCACAUUCAAAGUCACGCCGAUUCCAGUCAACGGAGAACCAUACCAAGUCGAAUGCGACGUCUUGCUCGGUGCAGACGGGGUAAAAAGCUCCACACGCGUCGCUAUGCUUAAGGAACUCGGUCACACCGGCUCGGCGCGAGAUUCGGGUCAGGCCGCAUAUCGCAUUAUGCUCAACCGCGAUCAGAUGGAGAAGGACCCUGAAUUACUUAAAUUGAUCGACUCUGACACCGUAACGCGUUGGAUUGGCGAGAAAAAACAUAUUAUCGCGUACCCGAUUCAUAACAAGCAAAUCUACAACAUCUCCACCGCACAGCCCGACACCAGUUUUGCUGGAGCACCAGAUGCGCAGUACACAACAAAAGGAAGUAAGAAGGCGAUGUUGAAAGUAUAUGAAGACUUCUGUCCCAUGAUACAUCGUAUGCUGGACCUAGUACCUGAAGGCGAGGUCGUAGAGUGGAAAUUGAGGGUCCAUGAUCCUUUGAUUACAUGGGUGCAUGGAACGAGUGCCUUGGUGGGCGAUGCUUGCCACCCUACGCUUCCACACAUGGCGCAAGGUGCGGCACAAGCUAUCGAAGACGGUGCAGUCCUUGGUGUUGUACUUGCGCCUAAGCGGAUCGCGGACGGAAAACCCGAGACUAUCGAACGCGCAUUGCGACUAUACGAGAGGCUGAGGAAACCCAGGGCUGAAGCACUUGUCGAGCUCGCGGCGGAGAGCGGGAGAGCCAUGCAUCUCGGUACUGGAAAGGCCAAAGAAGAACGCGAUAAGAUCUUUGCGGCGCUCAAGUCUGGAUCGGGCAAGGUGCCGGAUAAGUGGGCUGACGCAGACGUACAAGCGCAAGUGUAUGGCGUUGAUGUUGUCGCGGAAGCGGAAGUGUUGUGUCAAAAGGAGGGUCUGGGGGCGAAGUUAUAG